GAGUUUAUACCCACGACCCGGCACCCAGCACCCAAAAACCAGCACCCAGCACCCAUAAACCAGCACCCAGCACCCAUAAAACCAGCACCCUGCCCGGUUCUGGCUCUGGCUCCAUCCCGGUCCUGGUUCUGGUCCUGACUCGGGUCUGAAAUGGUCCAGGAGUUCCACGUGCUGCGCUGUUUCUCCUGCGAAGUGUUCCAGGUCCAACAGGUGAAGAAAGUGAACAAAUGGAGCUGUAAAGUUUGCGGGCAGAAACAGUCUGUGCUGAAGGAGUUUGGCCGAGGCUCCGGCGCCGACUGCAGGCGUCAUGUCCAGAAACUCAACGCCGCCCGAGGAGCCAAGCUGGAGGACGAGGCAGAGCGCCGAGCCCAGACGGACGCCCAGGCUCUGUGGAAUGAUGAGACGGAGCUUGACGAAGACGAGCAGCUUUCGCACAAACCGGUGAGCCGCUGGGACAAGUACCUGUCUGCUCCACAGGAGGAGGCGGGGCUUACACAGGAGGGGGCGGAGCCAGAUGAAGAGUGGGCGGAGUCAGAGGAGGGGGCUGUGGUGUUAGACAGAGACGUGCUUCACUCUAGCGCUCAGAGGACGAAGAGGAGAGCGCCACCCAGAGGUCAGCAGAGGAAGAGGAGGAGACCAGGUGAGCAGGAUGAGUUUGGACCAGGCUACAACGCAAGUCCUCCCGGAGCUGUCCCCAGAACUGUCCCCAGAACUGUCCCUAAAACUGUCCCCAAAACUGUCCCCAAAACUGUCCCCAUCUCCCCGUCCACUGCGCCCGCCCUCAGACCCAUGUCCAAGUGGAGCACCUUCCUGGACUCUCCCUCGACCUCGGGCUCCAGGAUCUCUGCGUCCUCCAUGUUCCAGAGCGGAGGACGACGUGGACCUGGACUGGACCUGGAUCUGGACUGGGUCUGAGCCCGAGCCCGAGCUGGACCGAAGACUUGAGCUGAGUGCAAAACGGAGAUUUUACUAAUAAUUCUGCUGUGUGCCCUAUAGAUUUUCUUCAGCCUCUAGUGACACAAAUACUUUCUAUAUUUAUAACUUUCUUUCAGGUUGUUUGAGAGUCAUUUAUUGCCUUUUCUUAAUGAGACAAGUUUUGAUUUGACAAAUAAAAAGGAAUGAUUUUACCUUUA